AUGUCGCUCUAUGUUAAGUCGGAUCCGGUAAAGUACGUCGGACAUGCAGAACGCCCUUAUUAGGGCGUGGUGUCGUAUUCGAUGCCGCAGGGAGAACGCUCCUCGGAAGAAGACUCCCCAGACCUCCGUGACAACAGUUACGACGGCAGCGAAGAAGGCGGCUGGUUGUCCGGAGGUCUGGGGCAGCUAAUAGACGGCCAUCUCGGUCAGGACAACUUCAAUGCAGAUGUUUUCGGGCACGGCAAAGGUAAGGAAGCUCCAGUGAAUAUUUCAUCUAAUUAUUACUUAUAA